AUGGAGGCAAACGAUAACAAAGAUAUAGAGGAAUCAUUGAAUAAAGAAAGCUUGUUCGAUGAAAAAAAUCCUUCAGAAGAAAAUAAUGUUGAAAACUUUAAAAAAAAAAUGAAGGCUAUGAUGAAAUCGCCUUCGAAAAAAAAAAGAAAAACCAAUGAAAGCUCAACUUCGAGGAAAGAAAAUGAUGAUGGUGAGAAGGACCAAGAGAAUUUAAAUGAAAGUAACAAAAUCAAAAAAAAAAGAAAAAAAAGUAGCAAAUUGAAAAAGUUAAGUAACGAUGACGAUAAAAGUAACCAAAGCAAUGAUGAAAAUGAUGAGGAAAAUAAACAGGAUGAAAAUACUGAACAAAAUAAAACUGCUGUCCAGGAUAAGGAUAACAUUUUUGGAGAUGACGAUGAAAGUGUUGAAGAAGAAAAUAAUGAACAUGUCAAGUUACAGAAAAAUGACAAGUCGAAAAAAAAAAAAAAAAAAGAAUCAAAAUUAAAAAAAAGCUCAUUAAUAUAUAAUGAAGCUGAAGAAGGAGAUGAAAGUGAGGAAGAUUCUGAUAACUUUGACGAUUUUGAGGAUGAAGAUUUAAUUAAUGAUGAUAUAACAAAAAAUAAAUCAAAUAAAAGAAUGCGUAAUGAGCUUGGUAUUGUUGAAUAUGAUGCAGAAAAUGGUGAUGAUACUAUAGAUAUGAAUAAAUCGGAAAAAAAGAAAAGAACACAUUUUGAUGAUAUAUUAGAAAGUUUAAAAUCAAAACGAAAAAAAGUUCAAAAAAUAUCUGAAGAUGAUGGAUUACAAUAUUGUGAAAAUGUUUUAAAUCAAAUGAUUUUAAUGCAUGAACAAGAUAUGCAAAAUGUGAAAGAAAAAAAACCUGCAACAGCUAAACUUCAAAUAAUUGAUGAAGUUUGUAAAAUAUUAACAAAACCUAAAUGGAAACCAUUUUUUAUGAAAUUAAAUAUAUAUCAUGUUUUAGCUUUAUGGUUAAUGCCAUUACCAAAUAAUACUCUUCCUAAUUUUACUAUAAGAACAAAUUUAUUAAAAGUCAUACACCAAUUACCAAUAACAAUUAAAUCAUUAAGAGGUAGCCAACUGGGAAAGAUAAUGACAUUUUUACAUACCCAUAAAGAUGAAACAGAAGAAAAUAAAAAAAUUAUUAAAAGUAUUCUACAAAAUUGGAUGGGACCAAUUAUAGGAAUAAAUUCAAAUUAUAAACAAUUCGCAAAAGAAAGACAAAAAAGAAUACUUGAAAAUCCUGAAUAUCAUAAAAAAAUACUUGAAAAAGCCAAAACAUUAAUACCUGAUUCUAUAUCUAUAGAAAAAGAAGAAGAACAAAAUGAAUUAAAAAGACAUGCUUCUAUACCUUAUAAUAGUGAAUGUUCAUUUUUAAUUAAUGUUCCAUCUUCUAUACCCGAUAUUCAUAAAAAGAUUUUACCAAAAAGUAGAAUUAAGAAAUUGGCUGAUAAUAUGAGACUACUAAAACGAGUAACCAAAUCACAAAAAGUCUCAAUAGAAGGAAAAGGAGUAGCCGCUGCACCAUAA